UAUAAACGUCAGAGUUUACGUUCUGCCAGCGGUGGGCGGAAGCUGCGGAACUUCAUACCGCUCUUAGCCUGCGUUUUCCAAUACAUAGGUACCUGGUAUCAUGGCGACCAGACGGGCUCUGAAGGCAGUGCUGAUUGACCUGAGUGGAACCCUCCAUGUAGAAGACACAGCCGUGCCUGGAGCACAGGACGCCCUCCACAGGUUGCGUCAGUCCUCUGUAGCGGUGAAGUUUGUGACCAACACCACUAAGGAGUGUAAGAGGAACCUUGUGGAGCGUCUCCACAGUCUGAACUUUGACAUCCAGGACCAGGAGAUCUUCACGUCCCUGACAGCAGCCAGGAGCCUCGUGGAGCAGAGACAACUACGCCCCCUACUGCUGGUGGCGGACAGUGCACUGGAGGACUUCUCAGGUAUGGAGACAUCCGAACCCAACGCUGUGGUGAUAGGCUUAGCUCCAGACCACUUCAACUACCAGACGCUCAACAAAGCAUUCAGGCUGGUUCUAGACGGGGCCCCCCUCAUAGCCAUCCAUAAGGCCAGGUAUUAUAAGAGGAAGGAUGGUCUGGCGCUGGGCCCCGGAGCCUUUGUGACAGGGUUAGAGUACGCUACAGACUGUCAAGCCACCGUUGUGGGGAAGCCUGAGGGGACAUUCUUCCUGGAGGCUCUGAGGGACAUUGGCUGUUGUCCUGAAGAGGCCAUCAUGAUUGGAGACGACGCCAGAGACGACGUGGGCGGGGCUCAAAACAUUGGCAUGCUGGGAAUUGUAGUCAGAACCGGUAAAUACAGAGUGGGAGAUGAGGGUAACAUUAAUCCUCCGCCAUACCUGACCUGUGACAGCUUCCCUCAAGCUGUGGACCACAUCCUCCAACACAUCCUUUAACCAUGACUCUCUCACUAUUAGAUCCUUUAGACAUGGGUAUAUCUCAUCAUGUUGCAGUCCCACACCUCCUCCAGUCCCACACCAGACUAACACCUCCUCUAGUCCCACACCAGACUAACACCUCCUCUAGUCCCACACCAGACUAACACCUCCUCUAGUCCCACACCAGACUAACACCUCUAGUCCCACACCAGACUAACACCUCCUCUAGUCCCACACCAGACUAACACGUCCUCUAGUCCCACACCAGACUAACACCUCCUCUAGUCACACACCAGACUAACACCUCCUCUAGUCCCACACCAGACUAACACCUCCUCUAGUCCCACACCAGACUAACACCUCCUCUAGUCCCACACCAGACUAACACCUCCUCUAGUCCCACACCAGACUAACACCUCUAGUCCCACACCAGACUAACACCUCCUCUAGUCCCACACCAGACUAACACCACCUCUAGUCCCACACCAGACUGUAACACCUCUAGUCCCACACCAGACUAACACCUCCUCUAGUCCCACACCAGACUAACACCACCUCUAGUCCCACACCAGACUAACACCUCCUCUAGUCCCACACCAGACUAACACCUCUAGUCCCACACCAGACUGUAACACCUCCUCUAGUCCCACACCAGACUGUAACACCUCUAGUCCCACACCAGACUGUAACACCUCCUCUAGUCCCACACCAGACUGUAACACCUCUAGUCCCACACCAGACUAACACCUCCUCUAGUCCCACACCAGACUGUAACACCACCUCUAGUCCCACACCAGACUGUAACACCUCCUCUAGUCCCACACCAGACUGUAACACCUCUAGUCCCACACCAGACUAACACCUCCUCUAGUCCCACACCAGACUAACACCACCUCUAGUCCCACACCAGACUAACACCUCCUCUAGUCCCACACCAGACUAACACGUCCUCUAGUCCCACA